AUGGCAAUGGAGAGCUUCUCUGCACGCCGCCCGGCUGCUGGCACACUUCCAGCCUUUUCUCUGCCUCCACCCAAUGCAGAUGUACCAAGUAUGGCCAAAGAUCCCCUCUAUCCUCAUAUCCCUGGAGACUCUUAUGAGAACUACCACAACCCGCGCGGUAUCGACUCGGCUGGGUACCCAUAUCCGUCGUCGUAUCCUCCCCUCCCCGGCCCCUUUCCCGAUCGCCGCCUCUCGUCUUCGCCCAGUGUUCUGACCCCUUCGCCAGGAGCUAGUGACGGCCUGAGCCCCAGUCUCUCCAGCGUCCACACCGGCAGCUCCCAAGGAUCCCAAGCUCCCGGCGGAAUCCAGUACUCGUACGGAGGCCACGUCCACGGCGCAUGGCCUACCCCGGGAAACAGCUCGUCAUAUACCGUCAGCUCCGCGACUCAGGCUCAGCCCACCCUCGGACAGCAGCACUUUGCUGGCCGCAGCUCCUCCAUCUACAGCCAAAGCCCGUCGAUUCAGCAGUUUAACCACCCGCGAAGCUCCCAGUCUCCGGCGACUGGAGGAGAAGGACUCCCCCCACCACCAUAUGACCAGGUUCAUCACCCCUUUCAGACUUCCCUCUCUGGCGGAGGCGGCCAGACCUCUCCCUCAGGCUUGUCUUCGGCAUCCCAACCGCCUCAGAGCGCAAUUCUGACUUCGCAGAACCCCGUAUCUACCCAGCCUCCUACCCCCUCGAGUGCACCCGCCCACGUUGACUCGUAUACGCAUACGAGGCCGCCUAGCACGCCGAGCUACUACACUGCAUCGUCUACGCCACAACAGUCAAACUUUCCCUCCUACCCGCCUCAGCCUUCUCCGACACAGCAUUCGCCUCCUAGCACCGGCCCAGUGUCCAGGGGCUUGGGUUCACUCUCAGGUCAGCCACAAGGACCUGGAAUGGCGCCUCCUGCGCCAUAUCGACCGUAUCCGUACCAGUCUCUACCCACCAUGGGCGGAUCCGUCAUGUCCAACAUUCACCAGCCUGGUGGUCAGAUGUCGAUGAUUCCCGGGAUGGGCGUGCCGCAGUACCCCCAUCAUAUGAUGUACGGACAUGCUCAACCUGCUCCUCAGUCAGAGCGCCCUUUCAAGUGCGACCAGUGUGUGCAGUCUUUCAGCCGCAACCAUGAUUUGAAGCGGCAUAAGAGGAUUCACCUUGCAGUGAAGCCUUUCCCCUGUACUUUCUGCAGCAAGAGCUUCUCGCGAAAGGAUGCACUAAAGAGGCAUAGACUGGUCAAGGGCUGCGAGAACAAAGCUAACGAGGCCACCAACAAUGGUGACGGCAAUGGAGCGGAGCGGAGUGAGGACAACGAGAGCCCCGAGACGAAAAGAGAACCUUGA